CAAUAUACAUUGAAGUGAUUAAAAUUAUUUACACGUAGAACACUCUUUCUGAGUUAUAGAUUGCCAACUAGUGUUCCACACGGUAGCAUGCAAGUGCUACAUAUUCCUACCGACUACCUGAAAUAUUCAUUAACAAAAAAGUGUUACCAGAUGUGGGUUCCUGUCGCAAAUAUGCAAUUAUACUGUGAAGGGUUAAUACUAAGGGUUAACUACUUCUAUACAGGUCGAUCUUCCCGAAAGCAUUUAUUCCUUUGCGCGUCGCAGUAGGGAUACGGUCAUCCAUUUUUCUGAAACGAUAAAAGGCAAUAAAACACGUAAGAAAGAAUCGUCCGAAUUGCCUUGUUUCAAAGUAUUCAAAAAGUACUUGAUACCUCUUGGGCAGUAUUCGCAUCAAACAGAAUUUAGCCACAAGGUUCACGUGACUAUGGCAGUUGGGAGUGUAAUGAGCCUUCUAAUUCCUGCAGUACUACAAUUUUUUUCUUCACUGCGCGAAAACGACAUGGAUACAGCGAUGGACUGCGUGCCAGUUAUUGUCUCGGUGUUAGUUGCUAUGAUAAAAAUACUGAAUCACAAUAUUAAUAGGAAGAAGUUUUUGAACAUAUUUGAACGCAUGUCUCAAUUGUGGGAGAUCGCUGAGCUCAACGGCGAAGUACAAGUUUUGAAAGAAGUCACCGACGAAGGCAGUCAAAUGGGCAGUUUGUAUAGAAGUAGCUUAUGGGGAUUCACGGUGCUUUUCCUGUCCAUUCCCCUGUCUCCCUCCGUUUUGGACUUUGUUCUACCCUUAAAUGAAACUCGAGCUAGACUACCGCUCUUCAAACUAAAUUACAUCGUAGACAUGGAGGAUCACUUUUACAUAGUGUAUUUACAUUCAGCAUGGUGUUCCCUGCACGUUGUAUUAAUUGUAACGACUAUGGAUUCGUUGUACAUGGUUAUUAUACAUUACUCCUGUGGAUUGUUCGCCCUAUGCGGAUAUCAGAUUCAGAGAGCAGUGGAGGGUGUAGAUCUAAAUUCGAACAAUGUCAGCAAACAUAAUUUCAACUACGACCACCUUAAACGCUGUGUGAAGACGCAUUACGAAGCCAUCAAGUUUUACGAGUACAUGAACGACAGUACUCGGAUCGGCUACCUGUUUCAAGUGGGAUUUAAUAUGAUUGGUAUAACUGUGACUGCUGUUCAAGCUGUUGCAAACUUUGACAGACCAGCAGAAGCUGUCCGCAUUGUCAUGUUCUUGUUUGGUCAACAGUUUCAUCUGUUCGCCAUAAGUUUGCCUGGUCAGGUGCUGACAGAUCGCAGCUUAGAGUUAAUUGACGAUAUAUACUCUUCGAAAUGGUACCAGACGCCGACGAAAUUCCAAAGAACACUUGAAAUAAUGCAAAUGAGAUGCAGUAGGCCAUGCAAGCUGACAGCUGGAGGAUUAUACGAAAUGAACAUGGAAAAUUUCGGCUCGACUAUUAAGACCUGCAUGUCGUAUUUCACGGUCCUGUUAUCACUGAGAGGCUGAGUGAACCGGGAAUCUUUAUUCGGAAGAAGAAAUAGUU